GAUGCGAUGGAAGUGUGAAUGAAGAACACGUUAAUGUACCUAAAAAGAAGUUUGUAUGUUUCACUUUACUUUUUGGCAAAUAUUAUUUUUCCAAUACAAAGCCUGUUAGUCUCCUUGUCUAGGAAUUUUUGCCAUUUGAUAGUCAUACGCGGGCGUGUCGAGCUUAAAUAUAACGGUCAACAAUUAUCGCAGAAUUAGGGCUACUGUAAGUGCCUGCGCUUUUUAAUAAGGAUGUAGCGAUUUACAGUACACGUUCACUGUAUCCCCGUAUGUUAAAUCUGCUUAAAGAUGGAAUACAUUGUGAAAGUUAAAUACAGUACUGACCUUAUUCUGCAGCCAGUUGACAGUUGUACUAUCUUUGAAUACCAUAUUUACUCGAUUGAGCGCCGCCCCCAAUUGAGCGCCGCCGCCGAAUGAGCGCCGCAUUUGAGAUCUUUUUUUUUUAAAGAGCGCCGCCCCCGAAUGAGCGCCGCACUAAACAGUGUAAAAACUUCCCGCCGUCAAAGUGGGGACAUUUAGAGACAAGGACAUUUAAAACUUGUUUAUUUUUUUGUUAAAUGUUCUUGUUAUAAUUCACAAAUUAAAUUAGUUUUUUAAAGAGCGCCGCCCCCGAAUGAGCGCCGCAUCUGAAGCUCUGAAAAUUUAAAUAGCGCCGCGGCGCUCAAACGAGUAAAUACGGUAUACGUGCAUAAACAAUUGAACCGGAAUCAGAUUUUUAAUUUAUUGUACAAUGACGUGAGUGAAUAAUGAUGUUGUUACAAAGCUUUGAAGUGCCACUGUAUCUGUGAUUUUUAGACUACUUCUCGGAAGAAAAUAUGCCCAAAUUGUUUAGCUACGGUGGGCAAUGCUUGUAAAAUUUGUUCAAAGUGCGGGAAAAUUAUUCCCAAGCGCCCAUCAAACAUCAAGUUGCCCGAACAUACAAGUACCACCGAUCAAAAAGACAAACUCAUGAAAAGGGUAUGUAUUAUUAAUUUAAAAAAUCAUUUAUAAUUCAUGAGGAAAAUACAAAAUAAAUGAAUGUUUAAUCAAUGUUUGUAAAUCGGAUAAAGAUUUGUCCUGAUUUACAUAAACUUCGGCUUUCAUUUUCUAGCCUUAGACAAUGUUUAUUUUUAAAAUUACUUCGCCAAAGAACUCACGUUAAUUCGGCUCGAGUUUGUAAAUCAGAUAAAGAUCGGCUGCUCAUGUUUUAACUAGUACUUGUUACAUGAUGAAUGAGUCGGGUUUCAUUGUUAUUCAUAAAACGUAUAUUUAGCAUAAUUACCUGUUCAUUAGGUUUACGUUCUAAAAGCAAGGGGAGGGAUUUUAUAUCAAGCAGGGAAGAGCGGGGCUGAUGAAUUGAAUUGAUCUUCAGGGUUGUAUCUAUACCAGUCUACACAUGCUUGUUAGUAGGGUUGUAUCUAAAUACAUCCUUCCUAGGAGGGUGCCUCGGCCUGUAUUUGACUAAAUUCCUCGGUUCUCUGUAAUUAACUCUUAGUAUACCUAGUAUAGUUCACGAUUACCUCGGUUUCCUUUAAUGUACCGCGGUGAUUAAAUCGCGUAUUUACCCCAGAACUAUGCCAGUUCAGGGCAAAUAAGCCAAUUAGCCACUUAUAAUAAUAUGUAUUUAUGAUAUAUAUUAUCACAGAGACAAUAAUGAAUUUAAAAUUGCCUCAUGAGGCGACUACAAACUCAAGCCCAUCAUUUCGUUUUGUAUACAUAGCACCCCGCCGCUAAUUUCCCUUUCAUAAGCGGCUCUGCCAUCCCUGACCAAAUUGCAUAUUGAGAUUUGGACAUUUAUAAAUAUCAUUAAUAUAAAAUAUCUUUUGGCGAAGAUAAUCAGCGAGAUUUACAUUAGCUUAGUGAUUAAAGCGUGCGUCUGGUUUGCGAUCUUUUGUGUUCAUGUCCUGGUGUUCUUUUCACGAAAUUUUAGAACAUGUUCAUUUUUUCUUUCCAGUUUAAACUUUUUAGGUUAGGGUUAGUGUUAGGGUUAGGGUUGGGAUUAGGGUUACGUUUAGAAUUAGCCUUACCAUUCACUUUUCCCCCGAGAACGCUUGAUCGCAGGUCGAGAUGGCAAAGACCGUCAGGGAUGGUAAAGACUGUUUACGCAAGGGAAAAUUGCCACGCGCCCAAUUGCUUGCUUGCUGCAUGCACGCAUGUAUAAAAUUUUUAGAGUGAAAUAUUUUUUAUUAUACAGGCGUUAACUCUUCAGCAAAACCACGGAUAUCAUGUGGUGGUUUUGUACUGCCAUCCAUCAUCGACUGGUGGACCUACCGUGUGGGACUUUGCUGCUACUCCUGGCGCAGCAACAAAAUUCAUUUCUAAGGAAAGCCCAAGUGGAAAAGCUGCCCGGGAUUUGUUCAAGCAUGGCAUGAGAUGCUUGUUUCAAAAUGAGAAAGCGUCAAAUACUGAAUCAUCAUCAGUGUUGACUGAAACUGCAUUAGAUACCAUCGCAUCAUGUGAAGACAUUACUCAUACUACUACGUUAGAUACCAUGGCAUCAUCUGAGGACAAUACUGAAACGGCUACAUCAGAUACAAUGGCAUCAUCUCAGGUUAUUAAAGAAACCCUGACGACUGCAUCAACAGGCGCUGGUCAGUGUCCUUCGACGUCUUCAAAUUUCGAUUUAAUUGCUGGUGAGAUAAAAUAAAAGUUUACAGACAAGAUUAAUAAUUCAAAAAGAUUCUGUGUCACGGAGCUUACUACGAUAAAUGUUUGCAUUUAGUUAAUGCUUGGGUUGUUAUUUCAUGCACAUUAAUUAAUGUUAAAAUGUGUUGAAGAAUUCGUGAAUCGACCUUGAAAUCCAGUUGACUUGAAAUCUAGUUGACAAAAUAUAAAAUCUUGGACGAUCCUUAUACCUCCUGUAUACAUACACCAUGCAGGGUCGUUACUUAAUGACGCGGCACAGGAUAUACUAAAGCGAAAAUUGAAAUGAAACAUAUUCAAACAACCUAUGAAAUUAAUAUACUUUAUAACUAAUUAAAAUUUUUUUAAUAAUGACUAUUGAAAAAGAACUAACUGCGUACUAGUGUUGGAGACAGAAACCUUUAAAGGAGAAAGCCAAGCGCAAGCUAUUCCCGUUCGAAAAUCUAAAAUACGAAGGCGUUAUUUCAGAACCAUCCUCAGAGAUACGAAAAACCAAUUUCAAUAUUAUUCUAAAUAUUAUUAGAAUAAUAUAAAACUGGAUUUUCGAAUGCAUUGAUUAUGGUAAUAUUAUGAGAAGACGUUUGUAAGACAAUUUUUUUUUUAGGGACCGUUGUAGAGUUAACAAAUGAUGAUGGCGUAGUUUGUGCAGAAGCAUGUGUCACAGGUUUUAACAUGGUGCACAAUCAACAAUUACCUCCUGGAUACCUGUCUGUUUUGGUCACAUCUACGGUUUCGGAAAUGCAAGUCGCUCCACCUUUGCCCAGUUCUUUCGACGACACUACAGUAGAAGAGGGUGGAUUUUAUGCUUGGCCGUUAUUAAGAAUACGUUCUAAAUGA